CUCAUACGCCAUGGCUAAGGCUCUUCUGAGCGAGGGCGAGAAGGACCGCAUCCUGGCCAUGUGGCUUAGCAACGAUGAUCAUGCCGCCAAUGUAUGUUGAAAGAUCUUCAGCACAAGCGUCACAGUCGACUAACCAUGUAUCAGGUUGACUGGGACAAGGCAACCCAAGCUUUCGGCGCUGCUAGCAUUGAGAGCAUGAGGGUUUCGUACCGCAAUCUUCUCAAGAAGAUCGAGAAGGCUGGCGGCAAGACAGGCGUGACUGCCCCUUCCACUACUGGCGACAGUUCCGCUCCUCCCAAGACCCCUAAGGGCAAAGGUGGUCGCCCUCGCAAACGCAAGGCAGAGAGCGCUGGCUCAGACGACGAUGAGAAUGAUGGCAUUCUCCAGUCUCUCCGUAAGAAAGUCGCCAAGAACGCUGCCGGUGCCGAAGAAGACGAGGACGAAGACGACGACGCCCCGAAGUCCCUUCGCAAGAAGGCUGCCAAGAACACCACUCGCGCUGAGAACGACGACGACGAUGAUGAAGCCUCUGUCAAGACUCCCAAGAAGCCCGGUCGUCCUCGCAAGACCCCCGUCAAGGCCACCAAGAAGACCGCUGUCGGCAAGGCUGGAACUGAGGAGGACAUGGCUCACAACAUCAACGUCGCUUCUGACAAAGUUGAGCCUGAUCAGGACGAUGAGAAGCUCUUCAAGACCGUCAAGCAGGAGGAGGAGGACUCGGAGGUCUAGAGAUUUCGAUGCACUCGCUCAGACUGGCGUAACUGGUUCGGCGUCCUACUGAUCCAACCCUGAAAUAUGGCAGUCUGCUGGCUACCUGACUCUGGUGUUUGCCGGGCACGAGAAACGAUACGAGACGGUGGAGGCCGACCGUAGAGACAUCAGGAAGACGCUGUAGUCUCUUGGAGAGGCUCUUUAUCCUU